AUGCCUACUCCCGAUAAUGUCCAUGGCGGAUGCAUUGCUGUCCGCUCCAUUGCCCACUCAUCAUCAUCAUCAUCAUCAUCUUCUCCGAAAUGCAAUCAUUCUCAAUCUUCAGUUUCAGGGAGGAAAUCGAAUUUGGCGGUAGCAGACGAUGCAAUUUGUGGUUCACCGGUUUGGAGGGGAAAAACUCUAACCUGCGUUUGUUUUAAGCGGAAUGGAAAUAGUGCUCGUGUUUGCAUCAACUUGACGCCCCUACAGGACGAGAGGCUACAGAGGUUAAGACAACGUGCCAAAGUUCAUUUCGAUGCUUCAAGACCACAACAUCAGGAUGCAUUGAGGGCCUUAUGGUCUGCUACAUACCCAGGGAAGGAGCUUCAAGGCUUAAUUUCUGAUCAGUGGAAAGAAAUGGGUUGGCAGGGAAAAGAUCCAUCCACGGACUUUAGGGGAGCGGGUUUCAUUUCUUUGGAGAAUUUGCUGUUUUUCGCAAAGACUUUUUCGACUUCAUUCCAGAUCCUAUUGAGGAAGCAAUCAGGCAAAAGGGCUAUUUGGGAAUAUCCAUUUGCUGUUGCUGGUGUAAAUAUAACAUUUAUGAUCAUGCAAAUGCUCGAUCUAGAUGCCAGUAAGGAGAAACGAAUAAUAAUUUUUUAUCAUUUUUUAGCAGAAAACGAAUGGGCGUUCGACAUUUUAUAUUGUGUGGCGUUCAUGAUUAUGGACAAAUUGUGGCUCGACAAAAACGCGACAUACAUGGAGUUCAAUGAUAUCUUGAAGUCGACACGAUUGCAGCUGGAGAGAGAAUUUCUGAUGGACGAUGUGAUACGAAUCGAGGACAUGCCUUCAUAUAGCCUUUUGUCUUAG